CUGCUCGCCUCGUGCCUAUAUAAACACCCCAAUCGGUCUCUUCGAAUUUCCAGUGGAGAAAAGAAGACAGUAGUUGAAUUUUUUUUCUAUCAAAUUCAAGGCAGGAAAGAAAAUAUAUAUAAAUAUAUACUGAGUUUACCCGAUGAGUGAAGAGCAAAAGGAAGAAGAGAAGAAAGAAGAGGAACCACCAGAGCUUGUUCUUAGAGUAGACAUGCACUGUGAGGCCUGUGCAAGAAAAGUUGAGAGGUCACUGAGAAAAUUUCUAGGAGUGGAUGACGUGAAGACGGAUAGCAAGUCGAGGACUGUGGUGAUAAAGGGGAAGGAAGUAGAUCCUGCCAAGAUCAUCGAAAGAAUUCAGAAGAAAACUGGCAAAAAGGUUGAGUUAAUCUCUCCUCUUCCACCACCACCGCCGGAGGAGGAGGAGAAGAAAGAGGAGCCGGAAGCUCCACAAGAAGAAAAGCAAGAAGAGCCACCGAAGCCAAUUACGGUCGUUCUGAAAGUUCGAAUGCAUUGCGAGAAGUGUGCUCAAGUGUUGAAGAAACGAGUAACAAAGAUCGAGGGUGUGGAGUCAGUGAAGCCAGAUCUAGCCAACAGUCAAGUGACUGUAACUGGUUUUGUAGAUCCAGAGAAACUAGUGGAGAAUGUCUACAGGAGGACAAGGAAGCAAGCCUCCAUCGUACCAGAGGAAGUGAAAGAGGAGGAGAAAAAGGACGAAGAGCCAGAGAAGAAGGAAGAAAACACAGAAGGCGAGAAACAAGAGGAGGGAAAAGAAGACGAAGAAAACAUCAAAUACGACAUGAACAAGUAUGAAUACUACGUGCAAGAUGCUUACACACCUCAAGCUUUCAGCGAUGAGAAUCCUAAUGCUUGCUCUGUCAUGUAAACUUGUAGUCUUAAAGUACGAUCGAUCGAUCAUGAGUGGUUUGUGUAAUAAUUAAUCCUUACGUCUGUUCAGAAGAGUUGUAAAUGUUACAAAGAUGCAUGAUGGCAAGCAAGAAGCUCAAAGGGCUUUCUUCU